AUGGCCUUCACCCUCCACAUUCCUGAGGACGGCUCUGGAGAGCCCAGCCUCAACAGCUCGGAUCAGACAUCCAGCAACACUCACCCAUCCUGGAGAAAGGGAGCUCAGGGUCUCAUGAAGCCAAUGGAAUUUACCAUAACGCCCUGCAGAGGGACCAUCUGCUCCCAGGCAUUCCAGGAUAUCCAGGCUGGCACGUGCUCACACUGGAGGACUGAACCCAGUAAGGGAGUGAUCCCCCCCGAGAGUGAGGUGUCUGUGACUGUCACAGCAAACCUCGAUGACACGGGGAAAUUCAAGGACAAGGUGAAGCUGUUCAUUGAGAACAGUGAAGUGAACAUCAUCCCUGUGCAGGCUGUGGGCGUUGGCACCACCAUUGUCACUGACAAACCUUUCUCUCAGGAGCUCAAAUUUAGCCCCCACUUCAGCCUCACUCCCUGCUGUUACCAGUUCAAAAUAACAAACAAAGGGCGACAAACCCAUCAACUGUUCUGGACCACAGAAGGGUUCAGCGUCGUUCAGCAGCGUCGUGCCCUCGGUACCACCAAGGGCAAAAGCACUUCCCAGAUCCCCAAACCUGCCAGCCCCGUGUUCAAGCUGCAACCGCCACAGAUGGAGCUGGUGCCGGGACAGACUAAGGACAUGGUGCUGGAAGGCUUCUCCAGCACCCCUCAGGUUCACCUCUUCACCACCUAA